AUGGCGGCCUUCCUGUGGUACCUGAACUUGUCAGAAGUAGACGAUGUGACGCGCCAGAAGCUGUACCACGUGAUGGCGGCGCUGGCGCUGGUGGAGUUCCCCUACUACUACAUGGUACCCAUCUCCAUGGAGAAGGCCGGCGACAUCGUGGACAAGCUCAAUGACAUAAACAUCACGCGCUUCAUGAUGCAGACGCUGCCCAGGAUCGACGACGUGUUCUACGAGUGCUUCUGGCAGGGCCACAUCAACAACUGCUCCAACAUGUUCUUCCUGCAGCGCACCGAAGCCGGCUUCUGCUACGGUUUCAACUCACUCGCCGCGGAGAACACGAGGCAAUGUCCGGCGAUGUCUACGUACAAGGUGCCCACUGGAGCGACCGUGAACCGCGAUCCGUGCCAGAUGCGACGCAACAUCGCUUCAGGCCCCACGACGGGUCUCGAAGUCUUCCUCAAGUCGCUGCCCGAAGAGGAAUCUCUGGGCGAUGGCCAGAGGGACCGUAAUGGGUACAGGGUGUUCCUGCAGCCGGUGACGGAGGUUCCGCAGGCGGGCACGGGCCUGCUGCUGCCGCCCAGCGACGACCACGUGAUGCGCGUCCGGCUGUCCGUCUCGUUCACAGAGAGCAGCCUGCAGGUUGCCUCGCUGGACGUGCCGCAGCGCAGCUGCCUCUUCCCGGACGAGCAGCCGCUGCAGCUCACCAACUCCUACUCGCAGACCUCCUGCCUCACCGACUGCCGGCUCUCCUACAUCAUCUCCAAGUGCAACUGCUCGCCCUACUUCUUCAACCACAUUCAGAAAUACCGCGUCUGUAAGCUGACCGAACUGAAAUGUAUUGCAUACAUUGACUGGGACCUGCGAUUCGUGAAGCCGCAGGGGGUGGCCGGCGACGACAACUCCAAGUUCCUGGACGGCGUGCUGGACUGCUCGCACUGCCUGCCCACGUGCCGCAGCUACUCGUACGUGCAGGAGGUGCGCUACGAGAGCAUUACGCCACGCACGCCCUACCAGGGCUACAUCGACGUCCACUACGCAGAUGUCAGCGCCGUCAAGUACGGCGUCGAUCUCGCCUUCGACUCCAUGACUCUCAUAGUGUGGUUCGGCGGCAUCCUGAGCCUCUUCCUGGGCGUGAGCGUGCUGUCGUGCGUCGAGCUGCUCUACUACGCGGCUCGCCUAGCGGACGCCCUGCUGCGCCGAGUGCUCGUCCAGCCGGCAGAGGCGGGCCUGUCCAAGUGGCGCUCCAGCGGCCUGCUGGAACGCCAGAUAGCUGCCAAGCAGGCGCCGCUCUUCUACUAG